AUGAAAGUGUCUACAUUAAUCAGCUCUUUGGCGCUGGGUGCUCUGCCUGCCGUCAAUGCUGCACCAAGCACAGACUUCGAACAAGAAAGUGCCGCUGUCGUAGCUGAUCUUAUUCGUCGCGCUCUCCCCAAUGCUCCUAAUGGAUAUACUCCGACCAAUGUGAGCUGCCCGGCCAGUCGGCCGACUGUUCGCAGUGCCGCGAAGCUUUCUACCAAUGAGACCUCUUGGCUCGAGGUCCGUCGCAACAAGACUAUUACCCCUAUGAAGAACUUUUUCGACCACGUCUCUGUUGGUGACUACGAUGUCGGCGCAUACAUUGACAAGCACUCCUCGAAUGUGUCGAACCUUCCCAAUAUCGCUAUCGCGGCUUCUGGUGGUGGUUACCGUGCUAUGUUGAACGGUGCUGGUGGUAUCAAGGCGUUUGAUAGCCGUGUGACUAACUCCACUGCCUCGGGUCACCUAGGUGGUUUGCUGCAGGCAGCUACUUAUGUUGCUGGUCUGAGUGGUGGUAGUUGGUUGGUUGGUUCGAUCUAUAUCAACAACUUCACGUCCAUUGCGGACUUGCAGACUUACUCCAGUGGUGAGGUAUGGCAGCUCGGAAAUAAUAUUUUCGAGGGCCCGGAUACUGGUGGUCUUCAGAUUUUAGAUACGGCGGAUUACUUCAAGGAUUUGGCGGAGGCUGUUGAGGACAAGAAGAAUGCAGGUUACGAUACCUCUCUUACCGAUGUUUGGGGCCGUGCUCUGGCUUUCCAGAUGUUCAAUGCCAGUAACGGAGGUUUAGACUACACUUGGUCGUCUAUUGCGAAGACCCAAGCGUUCAUCGAUGGUGACUACCCAAUGCCACUGGUUGUUGCCGACAGCCGUACCCCUGGCGAAAUUAUUGCUUCUUCCUACUCGACUGUGUUCGAAUUCAACCCUUGGGAAUUUGGUACUUUCGACCCAACCCUUUAUGCAUUCGCACCUCUUGAGUACAUCGGUUCUCGGUUUGAGAAUGGUUCUAUCUCCAGCAACGAGACCUGUGUCCGUGGAUACGACAACGCGGGCUUCAUUAUUGGAACUUCCUCCACCCUCUUCAAUGAGGCCAUCACCGAGCUGGGUAGUAACUCAUCAAAGAUCACCGAGUGGGCAGAGGACAUCUUGAAGGACCUUUUCGCCAAGUUUGACAGCUCAGACGACGAUAUCGCUUCGUACGAGCCCAACCCAUUCUACGGAUGGAACGACGACUCCCUGGCCUUGGGAGAUGCACUGGACAUUACCGACGGUGGUGAGGAUGGACAAAACAUUCCUCUGCACCCGCUCAUCCAGCCUGCUCGCGCUGUCGACGUCAUUUUCGCUAUUGACUCCUCCGCUGACACAGACUACUACUGGCCCAACGGAACCUCCCUCGUGGCCACCUACGAGCGCAGCCUGAACGUCUCAGGAAUCGGCAACGGCACCGCUUUCCCCGCCAUUCCCGACCAGAACACCUUUAUCAACCUGGGCCUGAACACCCGCCCUACUUUCUUCGGCUGCAACAGCUCCAACAUCACCGGCCCAGCCCCUAUCGUUGUCUACCUCGCCAACACCCCUUACAGCUCUCAGUCCAACACCUCUACCUACCAGAUGACUUACGAGGAUUGGCAGCGUGACAACAUCAUUACCAACGGUUACGAGGUUGUCACCAUGGGCAACGGUACCCUUGACGGUAACUUCACUGCCUGUGUUGGCUGUGCUAUCCUGAGCCGCUCUUUCGAGCGCACAAACACCGAUCUCCCUGAGAUCUGUACCCAGUGCUUCACCGACUACUGCUGGAACGGAACCACCAAUUCCACCACUCCUAACACAUUCGAGCCGGUGGAUCUUCUGUCAUCUUCGGACGCUGGCAUGUUUAUGCCUACCGUGCUUUCAACUGUUGUCGCGGCCAGUGUGGCGGCCCUCUUCACCAUGGUGUAG